CUUCAUAUUCCGGUUAGUGCUGCCAUGGCAUGUGACCGAAAAUAUGGAAUGCACGAUUGCAAAGUGCCAUUCCGCUUCAUCCUUUUGCAGCUGCUGAUCAGAUUUCGAUUGCCAGCCGCAUGGGUUUUGAGCAGUGAAGGUGACAGCUGUGACACGGCAUGUACGGGAUUGGGAAAGACUUGCGACGCGAGCCGAAUGAAUCUGGUGACAUCAGAGUAUCAAAUGACUUAUGCUAUUGCCCAGGGUGGGUUGACAGCCUGUGACUUCUACACCGUAGAUGCGGACAGCUACGCCACAGCGCAGCCUUACAAGCUCGUCAUCGAUUCAAACUCCCAGCUGCCGACUUUCUGCUUCCCUGGAACGGCGACCAGCGAUUGCACGAUUGGUGUGCAGUACUUGUCCCGAUUAUGCUGCUGUAUCGCCGGGGGCGAUGAUUCCGCUGUUGUGUGCCCUGUUCCCACAACGACGUCAACCACUCAAACCACCACUUCGCAGACCACGACUUCACAGACCGUCACCACAUCAACGGCGACCACAGUUUCCAUCACCACCACCACCCUGACAACCACUACGAUCAGUACAACAACGGUCACUACAGAAACAGACACAACGACCACUCAGACGCAGACCACUCAGACAACCACUUCUGAGACUGUCAGUACCACAACAUUUGAGACCUCGACAGUCACUGUCACUACGCAGACAACCACCAGCGCCACUUUCACCAGCAGCACCGCCACAACCAUCACCACCACGAGCAGCACUGUGACAACCACGUUGCUGGCAUCUGCCGUGUUGGUUGCUGACGUAGCCCGCGGCGACACCGUGAUCGUUAUAGACAGCGCUGUCGGCUUCUCCUUGAAUGACAUCGCUCAGCUGAAAGGGGCCUUUGGCGUCACCGACUAUGUCGAGAUCAUCUCCAAGGGCACCACCACCAUUGGCUCCAGGCGCCUGGCUGUCUACGACACCCUUACAGUGAGCCCACCAGUGGAGAAUGACUACGUAGCAGGUGAUGCUGUGGUGAACAGAGGGCCUGCUGCUUUCUUCACUGGAGGUGAUCCUGUCACCUAUUUUGGGGGCCAGAAGUGGAAGUUCUGGAUGCCGCUGCACGAGGAGCUGCUGCUGCUGGCGACGCCAGAUGUGCGCCUCUACGGCAGCGUCUUUCCAGGACCUGAGCUGGGACAACAGUGGUUUGGCGAUUUCCUCGUCGCCUUUCCAGAUGACACGCCCAUUGCGAAGGUGCGGAUCAGGGCGGCCUCAAACCGCACCUCGCCGGCGCGGCGCUGUGGCUCCCCGCGCUUCGAGGCGCUGGAGAUCUACCUGGGCAAAGAUACGAUGCCGUUGAAGGACAUGCGGCAUUUGGAAUACACCGCUGGCAAGUCGAUCCGCUUCGAGAUCAACUGCCGAAAUCAGGCCGCGCGGACGGAGUACAUGUACUUUGAAACCCCGUCUCUGGUUUUCGUGAUCACUUCCAGCCACGCUGGCGUGGAGUUCCCCGAGAAUCCAGAGCUGGCUUUCAAGUACAUGCACUUGGACUUCAUCGUGAUGGAGGCCAUCCGCUCGCAGACCUUCUCAGGCAUCCUCCCAGAGAUUUGGGACGUCCGGCCUCGGUCGCCCUUCGUUUCAGCAAUGCUGCAGCCUCCAGAGCCGCCUAUGGUGUGCGAGGCUGACAGCGCGAUUUCGUGGGGUCCGUGAUUUGACGAGAUGUCUUUGAACAUGUUGAUCCCCCAAAUUCCAUGACUGGAAGGCAAGGGGGAGACUUGAGCGAACCACCUCACUGGGAGCCUGCAUGGAAAGAAGUCACUUUGCAAGAUUUGUUUUCGAAGCCCUGAACCACUUUCUUGCCGGCAGACACGAUGCAUUGUUUUGCGUAUAUGUGUUCGUUGAACGCUUGUGCAUCGUUUUGGCAUGGUAUGCGGCUCGCGAGUUGGCUGCGGUUGUGGUCGCAGUCCUCCCGUGACGAUGCUUCCCAGAUGGGACGUGGCUGUUUGCAUGCCUUUUGAUCUUGUCCACAGCGUCUGACGUAUCAUUUUUGCCAAGGAACAUCGCCGGAAAAAGGCACAUUGGCAUGUUUCGGGCGAAUCAAAGCAGUGUGUGGGUGCUGACCUUUUGUCCUUCAAGUCCAUUUGCUGGCUGAGAAGCAAAUUAACAGCCCCGCAGCCUGCGCUCAAGGCUGACAGCUGUGCCGGCACAGGCUGACUGGCUCACGCCUGAGUUACGCAUGGUAGAGAGCGCAGAUCUUGGAAUGCACAAAGCAGCAGUUGGUGGGUAAAUGGCA